AUAAAGAUAAGCCCCCUCACCUCUCAUCAUAAAAUACCACAAUCUCACUGAUCUCCCUUAAUCACACACUACUGCAGACAAGAAAGAGUGAAGAAUUUGCCGACAUGGCCUCUGCCUGUGCUUCAUCCACCAUCGCUGCUGUUGCUUUUUCUUCCCCAAGUUCCCAGAGAAAUGGAUCAAUUAUAGGAGCAACAAAAGCUUCAUUCCUUGGAGGGAGAAGACUGAGAGUGAGCAAAUACGCUGCACCAGCCGGAUCGCCACGAGCUGUGACAGUGUGUGUUGCUGCGGACCCUGACAGACCACUCUGGUUCCCUGGCAGCACCCCUCCUGAAUGGCUUGAUGGCAGCCUUCCUGGAGAUUUCGGUUUCGAUCCUCUUGGCCUCUCAUCGGACCCAGAGAGCUUGAAAUGGAACGUGCAGGCAGAAAUUGUACACUGCAGAUGGGCAAUGUUGGGAGCUGCAGGAAUUUUCAUCCCGGAAUUCCUCACAAAAAUCGGAAUCCUUAACACACCUUCAUGGUACACCGCUGGGGAACAAGAAUACUUCACAGACACAACCACUCUAUUCGUCAUCGAGUUGGUACUUAUAGGUUGGGCUGAGGGAAGAAGGUGGGCAGAUAUCAUCAAGCCUGGAUGUGUAAACACAGACCCCAUCUUCCCUAACAACAAGCUCACAGGGACAGACGUCGGUUAUCCAGGUGGCUUGUGGUUUGACCCCUUGGGUUGGGGUUCUGGUUCCCCUGAAAAGAUCAAGGAGUUGAGGACAAAGGAGAUCAAGAACGGAAGACUCGCCAUGUUGGCUGUCAUGGGUGCAUGGUUCCAACACAUUUACACUGGAACUGGCCCAAUUGACAACCUCUUUGCUCACCUUGCUGAUCCUGGUCACGCCACUAUUUUUGCUGCAUUCAGUCCCAAGUGAGAAGCAGAGCAUCGUUUGCUGUAAUGAUGUGUAAAUGUAACAGUUGAAGUAGAUCUGUGCAAAGAAAGUUUUAAUACUUCUUUCCCACUCAAUGUAGUAACCAUACAUUUGGUUUGCUCGUGUCUGUCUUCGCUACCUAGGUUGAUAUGUAAAAGAUUGUUGUAUUUCUACCAGCAGCUUAAUCAGUCAACCGUAGUUCAAGAUGGCCAACCUCUACUCCGCUGGUGAAUUAAUCGAUAAAUAGUGUUGCUUGUAAUUACCCACUUUUUGCAUGGCUUAAUGUCGUUCAUCUUUUUA